ACAGACCAGCGUCAGCGUGCUUACGUCAUAAAGGUGACGUCAUCAUAGGUUUUAGUUUAGAACUCUUUGCACAGCAUCUGUCAUUCUCUUGUGAUCUCUGCAGGAGCUAGACGUUCCCUGAGUUCAGCGAGAGUUUUCAGUCGUUUUGUGAACAGCAAUCGGUUUUAGCACAGUAGGACAGCUAUUUACUGGUUUUUACUGAAGCCUUCAACUGAUUGCUUUAUAUUACGAUGGCUAGUCAAACAUCUCGUUUCCAGAAGGUGGCAAAUGCCCCCUCUAGCACCAGCGAUGUCUACAGCCUUAAACAGCAGUUUCAGAAGGAAAUUAAAAGGCUUAACGGCCUUUUAAAAGAGGAGAGAGCUAAAUCGUCUAACCCUGCGAUAGACCAGCUCCGCAAAGAACUGGAUCAAGUCAAGACCCAGUUGGCUAACGAAAAAUCUGUGAACCAGAUCUUUAGCAACAAAGACAAGGAGACUCAAAGAGAGCUUGAGAAUUUGAUGGAAAACACCUCCAGCAUUCAAGCCACGCUUAAACAUGACUUGAAGACACUUCAGCAAGCUCACGAAGAUCUGAAGGUGACUUAUCUCAAUAGUCAGAAGAGUUUUUCAUCUGAGCUUCAGAAGGAGAAAGACAUAAUCCAGGAACUCCAGAAUGAGUUAGGCCAGUGCAAAGAUUCAUAUCAACAGCUGAUGGUGAACUUUGACAAACAGGUUUCCGUUUGUCGGCUGUCAAAAGCCUCCGACCACCAAACCAAACAAAAACUGAAAAAACUCAAUCAAGCCUACAAAGAUCUGAAAGUGACCCAUCUUAAUAACAAACAGAACUUUUCAUCUGAGCUUCAGAAGGAGAAAAGCACAAUCCAGGAUCUCCAGAAUGAAUUAGGCCAGUUGAAAGAUUCAUAUCAACAACUGAAGAUAAACUUUGAUAAACAAGUUUCUGUUUGUCAGCUGUCAAAAAAUUCUGAAUGCAAAACCAAACAGGAACUUCAACAACUUCAGCUAGCCCAUGAGAAGUUGAAGGAGACGUUCCAAAACAGCCAAAAAGAGGUUUUACCAGAGCCCAGAAAAAUCAAAGUGCUGCGCAAACGAUCAAACAAAUUCAAGGCUUCAUAUCAAGACCUGAAGCUGAAACACAAUCAAGAAAUCUCUGUUUACAAAAUCAGUCAAGAGAUGAAAAAGCUUCAACAAAUGAAUGCAGACUUGAACGCCACACUUGUCAAAAGCCAAACCCAGCUCCUGUCAGAACUACAGAAAGAGAAGUGUACAGUGAGAGAGCUCCAGAGUGAACUGAACCUUUCCAAAGUUUUGUACGAAGACCUGAAACUUAAGUACAAUCAAGAUGUUUUAGUCAGUCAGCAUUUGAAAAACAUCAAAGAUAAAUCUACUGGGGAGCCGCAGGACAUAAAGCAACUCAGAGCUGAACACGACGCCAUGUGUAAAACUCUGAUUGAAGCCAACAGAUCCUUGUACACGUCUACGGAGCAGACUAAAAUUCAGAUGCAAGCUGAGUUGGACGAGGUCAAAGACUCUUUGGUGCUUCACAAAUUAAACUCUGGUUGGGAUCAAGCUUUGUUAGUGUCCCAGUUAAAAGUUUAUGAUCAGUUGCUUCGUGAGGAAACUGAAGCCCACUGCCAAACACAAGCUAGUCACUUCCUGGAGCUGAAUGGUUUUCAAGCAGAGAGCAGUUUGGGUCAGAACCAGUCUCAAAAGAGAAAGAGACCCACAGAAGCAGAGGACGAGACACAGAACAGAGAGGUAAAACAGAGGAAACUGAUCCGUCGUGAGUAAUCAAGACAGACAGAAAAUCACACAGUGCUUCACAUAAACAAAAGCUGGUUCACCGCGUCUCGUAACACACUUCAUGGACAUUCAGAAGUAGGUGGUCAGCUGAUCCGAGUGCACGAGAUGGUUUGUAGGGCAUCCUAAGCUCUGUGAGACAUGAGGGUGCCAUGUUAUGGAUGGAUUUAAAAAACAAACAGGAGACUUUUGAACCUUAUCUGAAAAAACACUGGUAGCCAAUGUAGCUCAGCUAAAACGGGUGUAAAGUGAGAACGGCUGUUUGAUUUAGAGAGAGAUCUAGCUGCUCGUUCUGAACGUUUGUAGAGUUAACUGCAGACUUGUUUACACCUAGCAGAUUAGAGUUACUGUAAUCUAGUCUUGAUGUAAUGAAAGCACGUAUGACCGACUCCAGAUGAGGUCUUUUAAGGAUCUGCUUACGGCAGGUUAUGCCACAUCGUUAGAAGAAACUAAAUUUGACACAGUGGCGUUUAUCUGAGGCAGUGUAGAGAGAUCUGAUCUAACCAAGUCACAAAAAAACUUAUCAUUGCUUUUAUUCGUCAGGCUCCAGGCUCCAGAAGGUAAGUAUCUGCUCUAGGGGUGUCCCGAUACUACUUUUUCACUUCCGAUUUGAUAUUAUUAUUGCCGCCUUCAGUAUUGACCGAUAUCAAUCUGAUCCGAUAUCAGCGUAAAUCAUACAUACAUUUUUUAACCAUUGGUUGCAAAAAUGUGAACCUUAACGGACUACUUAAAUCAGAGAUUUUUGAUGCAGUCUGAUAAAAUCCCAUACUGUGUUUUUGGGGCCGAUAACGAAUUACUUUCGAUAUUGUAACGGGACAUCCCUAAUCUGCUCUCUCACCCCCCAGUCAGUCGUGGCAGAUGACUGCCCAUACUGAGCCAGGUUCUGCUGGAGGUUUCUUCCCGUUAAAGGGGAGUUUUUCCUCUCCACUGUUGCUACAUGCUUGCUUAGUAUGGGGAUUGCUGUAAAGUCACUGGCACAACAAGUUAGUGACUCGAUGCAGUCUGCUGGGUUUUCUUAGUUAGGAGUCUUUUAACUAAUUGGCACGAUCAACUGAACUGAAAGCACUAUUUAAUAAGUUAACUCAUUUGGAAUGUUUGCCUUGUAAAGACUUAUGUUGUGAAUUGGCGCUUUAUAAAUAUCUCAAUUAAACUGAAUUAAAAGCAAGGCUGCACAGUGGCACAGUGGUUAGAGCUGUUGCCUUGUAGCAAGAAGGUCCUGGGUUCGCGGCCUGGGAUCUUUCUGCGUGGAGGUUGCAUGUUCUCCCUGUGCAUGCGUGGGUUCUGUCCGGCUAGUCCGGCUUCCUCCCACAGUCCAAAAGCAUGAUUGAUUGGUUAAUGGUUAACUGAUAAAAAAAACAAAAACAAAAAAACAAAACAAAAAAACCCACUCGUGACCUGCACCUUGACGUGGUGAGUGGGCUUCUCACUAAGACAGGUCGAUUGAAACUGUGUCUGCUUGACUGCUAUUUUCCAAAUUUUAAUCUCAGGGCCCAUAAUGAACUCUGUUUAUGUUACAGCGCCCUCUCCUGGUUGCAGUGACGGGUGGACCAGUCAUCAUGGAUUUAAAGGAACUUCCAAGUUUUCUUGUUAAAUGCUGGACGGCUGCGAGCAUUAGAUUGGGAUAAAAGAGGUGGAUUUGAGAUGAUGUUUUCCAGUGAAGGACAGCUUGGCAUGUUAGCAUGGUAUUGCAACGCAGGAGAUGAAAUCACUGGUUUGUUUUCCAAUGGUGGACAUAUCGGACCAGCUGUCAAGGAUUGGUGAGAAGAAGGCGGAAAAUAGGGCUUGCUUUCAAUUUUCACCUCUUUUUCUUUAACAGCCUCUAUUCUUGUAAUAGAGCAAGUAUUCAGAUUAUCUGAGGUGAUUUCAUGCUGAUAAAUCUGUAUGUUGUUUCCUACAUCUGAGAUUUUUCCUGGCUUGAUUAAGUCUUUGUCAAAACAAACCCUUUUUAUCUCUUCCUUAUCUGAAGUCGGUGCCACCACUAGCUCAAAUUUGUUUUCAAAUUCUGGACAUCUGGCACCAACAACCUCUUUUCCAACCCCCAUUUCUGCAAUCAAGCAAGUAUUAAGAGUAUCUGAGGUGCUUUUCUCUGAAAGCCAAGUUUCUGCAUCUGUUAGAAGAGAUUCUUAUGAGAUUUUUCCCGGCAUUAAGUUCUCAGCAGAACAAACUCUUUUUUUCCCUUUCUUAUCUGAAGUCGGUGCCACCAGCGGUUCAGCAGGAUCUUUGCUGGGUGCUUUAGAGCUUUUAUUGCAGUCUGCAGUUUGACAAUUUCACUGUCUUUAUUUUUUAUGGUUUCUUUCAGUUUUUGUAAGUCCGUUUUAAAACUCUCCUCAGUUUCCUGAAGUCGUGUGUGCAGAUCUGAUUCACUGGUGAUCAAAUCCUCCAGAACAGCUAAAACUUUCUGACAAAUCUCUUCAGAUUUUUGCAUCUGAACAAGCAGCUCGGGCUUGCUGACAUCAAAAAGCAUAGUCACCUCCGUCAGCUGCUUUUCAACAAUCAAGACAUCGGUUUGACUAGAUGCUGAGGUGAGAUUUUUUCUAAGAAAAAACAUUUUCAUCUUGGAAAUUAUCUCUUGUGGACCAUUCUUUGUGUUUGGCUGUUGUCGGUCUGUCAAGCAUUCAGCAUUCACAGAUGGAAGUGUUGAAAAUACUCAGACUCAAAUAUGUAAAACGCUAUCGGAUCUGUCAAGAUGUGACCGUCAGAAACUAACCGCUUAUGACUAGUAAUGUCUGAGUUCUACAGCUGUCUAGAUGGAGUGCUCUGUGAAUUCAUCAAAGCAAAUAAUUAAUGUA